CUCUGUCUCUCUCUCUCUGUGUCUCUCUCUCUCUGUCUCUCUCUCUCUGUGUCUCUCUCUCUGUCUCUCUCUCUCUCUCUGUCUCAAUAACGACCAUACCAGAGGCAGUAGCGUAGCCCAACUUGCAAUGCUUCCAUAAACGGUUUCAGCUCUGCCGAGCACGACGCACCGUGCACCGUGCUAGUUCAGGUUUUUCCCUCAGCAGGCCGACCUGGGCCGACAGCGCAACCACUAGCUCCCGUUUGCCUUGACACCAGCAAUAAACACGGGAGCGAUCGGGAGGGCUGGUGACGAUACAGGGAGAGAGUCCCCGAUUCCCCCCUCAUCCUCACGGAACGACCGCCGUGACAGUCGGAGGGGCCCGCUGCUGUGACACUACAAACUGCAGCCGUUAACCACCACACACACACUCGCAGACGCACACACCUGUUGAGAGGGCCCGAGGAGGGGGGGAGACCAACGAGCCGGCGUGGUGCAUCCUGGGACAUCUUUAUCCGCUCCUCCCCCGUCGAAAAAAAUAAAAAACAAUGGAAGGUGUUUGGGGAAGUGGUGCCAAAUAAACACCAAGCGGGUGGAUUGACUGAAGUUCACCUGACCUUUUUAUUUUGGAGACAAUUUGCGUUUGGAAUAAGAAAGAGGGGGAGAUAGAAGACCUCCAAACGAGGAACGGAGGAACAACUAUCGGAAAAUCGGAUCAAGCCACAAGACGGGGAAAGAAGCCACACUAAGCCAAUCAUCCGGUCGCUGCGUAUGCCUGAGCCCGCCGCGUUACUGCCGGCCAAUCACUGCCUGACGCCAUGGAGAUGGCCAUCGACUGACGCGGCCGCCUGCGAAUGCUAGGCCGGCAGGCGAGGUUGUGGCCCGCCUCGGUAUCCUGUGAUUGGCCGCUGAAUGGGACUGACGCCGAAUGGAGCCAAUGUCCAAUGAGCAGGACACCAACUCAUCAGAGGGAGAUGAGAAACGGUGGCCAGAUGGACCGAAGAGAAAGAGGAAGAACAGCCAGUGUUCGGUGAAGAGUAUGUCAGCCCUGAGCGCCUCGGUCCCAGGGUACAUCCCCAGCUACCUGGAGAAGGACGAGCCCUGCGUGGUGUGCGGGGACAAGGCCACAGGCUACCACUACCGCUGCAUCACCUGCGAGGGAUGCAAGGGCUUCUUCCGCCGGACCAUCCAGAAGAACCUCCACCCGGCCUACUCCUGCAAGUACGAGGCCUGCUGCGUCAUCGACAAGAUCACCCGCAACCAGUGCCAGCUGUGCCGCUUCAAGAAGUGCAUCGCCGUGGGCAUGGCCAUGGACCUGGUGCUGGACGACUCGAAGCGCGUGGCCAAGCGCCGCCUGAUCGAGGCCAACCGGGAGAAGAGGAAGAAGGAGGAGCUGGUGAAGACGCUGCAGAGCCGUCCCGAGCCCAGCGACGGCGAGUGGGACCUGAUCCACAUGGUGACGGAGGCCCAUCGCCACACCAACGCCCAGGGCGCCAGCUGGAAGCAGAAGCGCAAGUUCCUGCCGGAGGACAUCGGCCAGGGCCCCAUGGUGCCCACGCCGGACGGGGACAAGGUGGACCUGGAGGCCUUCAGCGAGUUCACCAAGAUCAUCACCCCCGCCAUCACCCGCGUGGUCGACUUCGCCAAGAAGCUGCCCAUGUUCUCCGAGCUGCCCUGCGAGGACCAGAUCAUCCUGCUGAAGGGCUGCUGCAUGGAGAUCAUGUCGCUGCGCGCCGCCGUGCGCUACGACCCCGAGAGCGAGACGCUGACGCUCAGCGGCGAGAUGGCGGUGAAGCGCGAGCAGCUGAAGAACGGCGGGCUGGGCGUGGUCUCGGACGCCAUCUUCGACCUGGGCAAGAGCCUGGCGCAGUUCAACCUGGACGACACGGAGGUGGCGCUGAUGCAGGCCGUGCUGCUCAUGAGCUCCGACCGCUCGGGCCUGACCAGCGUGGAGAAGAUCGAGCAGUGCCAGGAGACCUACCUGCUGGCCUUCGAGCACUACAUCAACAGCCGCAAGCACAGCAUCCCCCACUUCUGGCCCAAGCUGCUGAUGAAGGUGACGGACCUGCGCAUGAUCGGCGCGUGUCACGCCAGCCGCUUCCUCCACAUGAAGGUCGAGUGCCCCAACGAGCUCUUCCCGCCCCUCUUCCUGGAGGUGUUCGAGGACCAGGAGGUGUGACGGCGGAGACCACGACGGAGGAACCCCCCUCCCCUCCGAUCCGAUCCGAGGAGGAUUG